AAGUGAAAAAUCAUCGACGAAAGCUUUACAAGCAAAAGUUUGUUCUUGUGUUCAGGCGCACGCUCUUCAAGGUGUGCUGAAUAUGGUGAAAUUUUUGAAAGCAUACGAAUUCUCGUGUUAUAAUAAAAGACUCUCUUCGAAUCGCAAAUGCGGACGAGGUCAUUCAAGGUUUUCAACAUUUCAGCACCAGUUAUCAAGAAGUAAUGUAAUUGUCCAUUCAUGAUCGAAGUUUUUUCUGAACCUGAAGAUGCAUUUCCGAUUGGGAAUUCUAUUAUCGUGUGUCUGGAUGGAAAAAUGGACAUUGUGUGUGAAUCUUCAGGGCCACACGCAUACUCUUUGAUCCCGAGCGCUCUGUCCCAACAAUCUGCAACUGGUUCAUUUUUUUAGGACAUGCAUACAUAACCUUAGCCUCUUGUAAUUUGAUAGCGGCUAGUACUAUCAACGCAUGAUGACUAGAGCAUGAACACUUUUCUCCAAAAAUGAUUGUCCAAUCUCAGUUUUGAUCUUGCGUCAGAUCACUGGUUUUGUUUUUCGAGAAGAUUCCCACUCAUUUGACCAAAGAAAUGUAGUUCUCGGAUUCUUUGCCUUGCCAACCACCUAAGUGCUAUUAACGAGGUGCUUCAAUUUCAACAUCGAUUGGUAGAAAAAUUCUUUCUUCAUUCUUCUAUUUUGUACUUCAACGAAGUAGCAAAGAAACGACUCUCGCAAAAUGAGUAUGAUGCGACCAGGAGGUGUGAAUCGGCCUUUCAAGCCGAAGCCGAUGCCCUUUGGUGCAGGCCUGAUGAUGCAGUUGCAAGCUCAGGCCCAAGCACAAGCACAAGCGCAGGCGCAAGCACAGCCGCCACCACCAACGCCAGUAGGAGCUGUGGUGCCGGUAUCAUCGAUUUCUCCAUCCAUUGGAGUUAUGGAUUAUGCUAACAUCUCUCUCCUUAGUACUUCGCCUCGCGAGUAUUUUAUCAAUUUUUUUAGUACCUUGCUCAACUUCCAAUAUAUUUUUCAUCAACAAUGUUGACCACUUACUGUUACUUUGCAUUAUUGUUCAUUGAAUCUUCAUAACAGGGUGUCGCCCCAGUCCCGCCAGCUGGGUCUCGGUCUACAGCGAUGGCAAAGCCGAGUAGUGUCAGUAGUGCUUCUUCGGCGCCUCCAGCCCAGAAAUUGAGUCCGGCAAUAAUCGCUCUCGAUGCGGAAAUCAAGAAGUUAGAAGCUGUCAAGCGCUGUUUUUUGCACACACGGGAGAAUAAAAGCUGCAAAAACUGUAAGAAGAAGCGGGAUGCGGAUGCAGAAUGCGAACGACUGAAAAAGAAUUAUGAAAUAAAUGUUCCUUCAUUCAUUCAUUCAUUCAUUUAGUACGCGUUCGGGAGGUGUUGUAGAAGUUCUAGUACUGGUCGUUGUACCAUGUAGCAUACUAGUGAGUUCAAGUUGCCGUAGCAGAAUUCGUAAUCGAGAGCAAAUCAAGAGUUGUAGGAUACGAAGAUGGCAAGAAUUAUUGCUUGUUCUUUUCUCUCAAGGACAGAUCACUUUCGUCUUCUCUAAUCUCUACGAGAGGAGUUAAGCAACGGAGCCGAAGUGCAAGCGACGGAAUACGUUUCGCGACUGUUAGGUGUGAAGCAGAUGCGAUCGAGUAAGCGGUUUCCUGGCUUUAAUGUGGAUCCAGAAACUGAAAAACUAGUCUUCUCCGGUGGCCCCGACUACGGUUUGCCAUCACUCAUCAAAGAUCAGAUUUUGAGGGCGCCGUAUUACGCAAUAUUGUGUGGUGCGGAGGAACUCACUUUCGUGCAGAAGGGAAGCAAAGUUUAUGUUCAGUGUAUGUGUGUUGGCUUCUUGUUCAUCAAAGUGAAUUAGGAAAUUGUUCCUCUUCAACGCAAUCAUUUAUUGAUGAAAUGCUAUGAAAGAGGUACCAUGAGGACAUGACAUGAUGCAAUAGAUAGUUGCCGGUGGUAGAGUAUGAUGCAAUGAUAGAUUAAUAUACCUGAAUAUGAAGAUGCAAUGAUAGAUUAUACCUGAAUAUCAAUAUCUUCAGCAAAUCAAUCACAUUCACAUCAAUCACAUUCACAUCAAAGUGUAAUCUGAUCCCCAGCAUGAAAAAAAGCUCCUCUAAGCGUCGGUACCUCUGCAGAAGAAGGUGCAGGCUGACGGCACAUUAGGCGCUCUGGAUCCCUAUAGUUACAACCAGCUGGUGAACGAAAUUGAGACGAAAGUGGCGGACUGCCACCAUUUGGCACCCAAAAGUUUGGGCGAAGCGAGAGGCGAAAAAGAUCGAGCGAGCAACUUCUUCUGCAUUUUAUAUGCUUUUUUGAGGAACGGACUGACGGAAGAGGAGCUUAAUGUUAUGAUCCAAAACAACAUUGGAAGUCAUUUGUGGCUAUAGGUCUACGUAUCUACGACUGGGCACACUGCUACUAUUACUACUACGACUACUAAUAUCUAUGAUGUAGGUAUGGACAACAUUUCCAUCUCGUGAGUAAGGAAAUCGAACUUCUUGUUGUUAGUCAACUACUGCAACUGAAGUGUCAAGCUUACAUUACACGUCCUCCUCCACCUCCUCGUCAUUGGUAUUGUACAGUCUCUUCAGUGAUAAUUUAAGAAAACCUCGUCUGGCCUUUAACCAGCAAAGGAGUAAACUUCUUCUUUUGCGUAAAGACCUCACUGGACCAGGACAAUUUGCUGAGCUUUCCGACUACGAAAAGACCGCCACUCUGCGCCGACGCCGAUCACGACGACCUGUUUCUUCUCGACUAAGAAGAAGAUGAGUAAGCCUCUAUUCUUAAAGAAGGAUCAGAAUGACUCAUUCUGAAGGAGUGAUUUUGCAACUCUUGCAUUCAUAUUGCGAGUUCGCUUUAAAAAUGAAUGCGCAGCAGAGCAACCGGCGACGCGUCGCACUUUAGAGAGACUGAUCUAAGGAAGCGGCAUCGUCUUUCUUCUUUAUGGCUCAGUCUUGAUACUGGAUGAUACCCGUCCACAGAAGAUACGUGCGCAGUUUCCUAGUACUAGUGGAGAGCCUAUUUCUUGAAGUGUCUGAUGUACAAACAUUGGCUGUCGUGUUUAGGAGCCUUCUAAUUUCGUAACACGGUACAAACAGCCCUUUUGACUGCAGGGACGAUCCUGCCCUCCACGAAGGAGUAACGCCCUCCGCUGCCGCAACGUGGUCAAGUAGAUGGACAAGACGCUGCCACUCGAGUGGAUCUUGUUCUUGGACACCCGCCUGAGUCCAACUAACUACUUCAACGCGGAGUGAACCAAAGAACAAAAAGGAAAACGCCUUUUCUUGGUCGCGAUAGGCGUGGGCCGUUCUUGAAGGUGGCCGUUGCGGUGUCUUUUCAUCUAAGUAAGCGCAUCUUGUGUCUGGUCCAGGGAGGUCCUCCUAUACCUGGAAAUUAUUGUCUGUACAUCCCAUGUAAAAGGAGCAAAAAAAGUAUAUUAUACCACACCUACCUUAAGCAUAAGCUGGCUUCAUUUAGUCGGUCUACAACCUACCUUAGAAAUGAGAUUUUACUUACCCUUACUUAAUAUCACACCAUUCACAACCACAUUCCCUUUUCAUUCCUUGCCUCCUCGAGUCUCGCCAUGUGUUUUGUAAGGCUAUGGGCGUCAUGCUGUUGCGGAUUACGGCACCUCCGAAGGAUAUCUACGCUUUGUUGAGACCAUAUCUGCUCAUUAUGGACCAGGAGAUGGCACCUGGAUUUGCGAAAGAGCAGAGAAUUGGUUUCGGCGAAUACGUUGAGGAGCUCUUGAACACUGAUCGAUACUUCGAAACGAUGCUUUUAUGUUGAAGUCGUGUGAUUGAUAGUUGAUGUAGUUUUUACUAGAGUAAAAGCUUCAACGAACGCGGGAUGUGGUGCAGUUCAUUCAUUCCACACGAAAAGAUACAGCAGUAAGCAUAGUAUCAACGAGAAAGAAAUGUUGCCUACUCAUUUCCCACUCUAAUCCCUCCCCGCGUCCCGAUUCCAGAGCGCAAGCGUUUUCAGGCAGAAUUCGCGCAACAUCUGCAGGUUUGGCGUCUCCGUGCAGCUCAGCAUUGGUCCGGCAAAUUAGCGCAUCUACAGCCAGGAACCAAACUCCAAUGUUUCUCGAAUCAAGCGGAUUGGCUCCAAGGCGAAGUCCUUUACAUCGAGUUUAAACGUGGUGUCCGGUCACAAGUGAAGUGCUACUUGGAGGAUCAGACACAAGAGAGCUUUCUUUUGUGUGAUUUGGUGCUGCCAGGGAAUGGAGAAGGCAGAUUGGAGAAGUGGGAUCCGAAUCAUACCCAGUACAAUUACAAUAUCGAUGAAGCAGCGGCGUCGAUGGGAAUGAAUGCUGGGAUGGAAGAAGUCGAGAUCAAUCCAGUAACAGGAGCUGUCAAAGUGGUGCAUAAAGGAGGUAAUCAUUCAUUCCUCACAGUUUUUCGUUCUGAAGAAAAUACACAUAUCUACGUCACAAGGAGGAGACUUUAAUACGUCUACUCUCUAAAUUCUUAGUCGCACCACUCGCAGCACCACCCUAACAUCACACUAUAUUACAUCUGAUACCAGAUAAGCGCAAGCGUGAUGGUGACGAUGAUGAGGACCGCGACAAAAAGAGACAGCGACGUCUUGAUAAGGAUUUAGAAGUCCCCCGAAAUUUAGAUUGGACUAGGCUGCGCGAUUUGCCAGGUCUCGCACAGAGAAAAGAGAAGAUGAUAGCAGCAUACCAACGACACGUGGAAAUUGGAAGCAAAGCAAUGCCGAGACCAACGUACUUAUAAAAUGAUUAUACCUACGUACAUACUAGGACAUCAGAUCAUCAUGCUUUACUUUCCAGCACAAAAGGAAAAUCUAUCCAGAGCCACCUUUCUUCCAUCCACGCACAGAUCAUUCAACUUAAACUUAUCACCUCUACCACAACUACUCUAUACAGCACGAAGUCUGAAGCCUUUCGUGUGGGCACGAAGGCUGACGCAGAUGGCGGUCCUCGCGGUCCUCGACUUAUUAAGGGCUUCGAUGAUGCCUUGGUGUCCAACAAACUUCUCGCAGAACGCAAGAAAAUCUCCCAGCUCGAGGAGGCUGAGGAAGAGGCAGACGGACGUGGAGCGCAGAAGAGACGCAUGGCGGAGCUUGUGGCGAAAUACUGUGCUGACGACGAGCCAAAAGGUAGUAGUGGCAGCAGUUCGAGACGGGUUGAAGUGGAGGGGCCGGAAAGGUUGCGAUUGUAGGAGCUCCUUCCAAGCACUUCUGGACGAUGAAGAAUCCCAGGAUAAUAGUGAGGUCCUGAGACAACAUCAAAGGAUUGUCGUUCCCACAAAGUUCUUUCUUUGCUUCUAGACGAACUAAAUUCUCUGAAGACGCUGUAAUAACCCAACAAUCAGAAGAAUCUCCGAAAAUUUUCCCUCCCAAGUAGCUUUUUUAUCGCACUCAAUAUUCCCCUUGUCUCUGGUGCCAUCUUCAUCUUUUUGUCAAAAACAUCGCACAGUUAUUUGUUCUACGUCAGAAGGACGACGUGGUCUUUUGUCUCAUAGCCCGACUCGGACUUGCAGUGCCGCAACUAGUAGCUCACACAUGAUGUUGUGAAAGUGAAAUCAAAGGUGGUGUUUGACCAUUUAAAUUUACAGCUGUGUGGUGCCGCAUUCUUGCAGUAUGAUUCGAGGCUAUAAACAUCAUCACGCAGUCAUCAUGUGCGUUCAAAAGAUUAUAGGAUCCUGGGAUCCAAACGUGUUGUCAGUGGUGCGCCAGUCGAUUGCCUGCUUUUCCCGUGAAAAUAUCACUCAGCAUAUCGCGAAGCGAGC